CCAGAACGAAAGGUAUGAUCAUACCUUGUUCCUUUGUCAAGAUCUUCGUCUACCUAUGUAGAACCGUAGGUCUGUCCAGCCCUCGGCUGUUUGGAGUGUAGCCUCUUGAAGAAAGGAUGUACUCGCGUUGAUUCGACAUUGCUGGCUCACGAAGAUCAGCUCCAGAUGCAGAUGGCUCGGGUUACGAUAAAUGAACCGAAUAAUGGUUGUGAACAUCUCGACCCUACGCCCACAAUCGAAGGCUCGACCUCUCGACCUCCCAAGCAUUGCUCCAAAUCCCUAUCUAACGGAGGAAUGGUGGAUGCCAUAUCCUCGAACGGUAGCUCGGUAUGCGCAACGCCGAGCCCUCCUUCUCCCUUGAUGGAACAUCGCAGGAUCGAGUUGAAAGUUGUUCACGCUACCCCUGACACGCAAGAUAGAUGGGGACAGAAGGGAGGGCAUUCUCGGAACUCGUUGGGUGCUGUCGAUACCGCACUCUCCGAGCUGCUCCUUCAAGACCCAGUCACCAUACAAUUCCUUUCGGAUUUCGCUUCCCGUUACCCCAACCUCCGCAGAAUCACAGUCAGAAUGGGUAGACAUGCCUCUGAACCCUGCUCUGCCCUUGGACCCACCGACCCACCCGCCGACGGACUCGAUGGUGAUCAAAGGAGCGCGGAUUUGGGUAGAACUGACUCUGCCGAUCGAGUUCGCAGUCAUCUCUAGGAUAGUUCCGAUAGAUAGACAGACUAGUUUGUGG